GCAAACACUGAAGGAUAAGGUAUCAGUGAGACUGCAAACCUAAAAAUUCAAAAAAGAAAAGCAAAAAAGAAUGAGUUGUGCAAUAGUUCGCUUUAAUUUCUGCUCAAACCCCAGAAAUUGCACCCCUGGAAGUUUUUCAAGCAUUUCCUUCAGUUCCCAGUUGACAAAUUCCAGGAUUCAGUUCAAAACUCCAUCUGGGCUACCCAGAAACAGAGGGUGCAGAGCCAGUUUGAAGGCAUUUCAUGCUCCAAACAGUUUUUAUGAUGUGUUGGGAAUUGAAGAAAGUGGGACAAUUUCUGAUAUAAAGAAAGCUUAUAAACAACUGGCAAGAAAAUAUCAUCCUGAUGUGUCUCCACCAGACCGUGUCGAUGAAAACACCAGGAGAUUUAUACUGGUUAAGGAGGCUUAUGAAACCCUUUCUGAUCCACACACCAGAGCGUUGUACGAUCAAGAUUUAGCUAAUGGAUUGGGCUUUAAUUUCUCUGCUGGAAGAGGAUAUGAGUUUAACCAGAGAAAUGGAGAGUGGAAAAUGAGGUGGCAAUCUCAAUUGAAUGAAUUGAAGCAAAGAAAAAGGGAUUCAGGAGGAAGAAUGACAUGGGGUGCUCGAAUGCGUAGUCGAAGAUGAAAUCCCAUUUUUAUUUUUAUUUUUUAUCUUAGAUUUAAUUAAUUACAAUAGGAUAAUUUAUGCUUUUUAUUUUAGUUUUUGCCAAUGUAUAUUCCAUCUUUUCUGUUCUUACUAAUUAAAUAUAUUACCAAUCACUUCCUGCUCCA